AUGCAUAAUUCUACAUACAUGUUUGAUGAUGAUUCUGAUGAUGAAAUCCCUACGCAGCAAGCUAUUCAAGAAAGCUUACAGGAUAGGCAUAAAAUUGAAAAAAGUGGCAGUGCAACAGAGGAUGAAAGUUUCCAGUUUAUUGCAAGUAAAGAACAUGAAAAGAUAAUUGCAGCAAUUCGCACAGGCCAAGAAGAGGCCUUGAAGAAGUUGGUGAGGCACAGUUCUGCUUUUGAAGAAGCAGAUCAGCAAGGCUGGCUUCCUGUGCAUGAAGCUGCAGCACAGCGAAAUAAGAACAUCCUUGAAAUAACUUUGAAAGCCUCCCGUGCCAUUAUGUGGGAACAGACCACUCUAAAAGGGGAAACACCUCUCUUGGUGGCAGUAAGAAAUUGCUUUGUAGACAAUGUCCGCUUUCUCCUGCUCAAUGGGUGCAAUCCCGAUGUUAAGAAUGAAGAGGGAGAUUCUCCUUUAUUUAUAGCAAUUAAACAUGAUUCGUAUGAGAUUGCCUCCUUGUUGAUAAGUUCUGGUGCAAAAGUGAAUUUGCAGUGUGUCCACAAGAGGACUGCUUUACAUGAGGCAGCCAGGCUAGGCAGGAAGGAUCUGGUAAAGCUUCUCCUUCGUUCUGGAGCAGAUCCUGACCCUCGCAGUGGAUAUGGGCUCACACCUCUAGCACUAGCUGCACAGGUCGGACAUACAGAAAUUAUGGAGCUCUUACUACAAAAAGGUGCGGAUGUUAAUUCCCAGGCAACGGAUUGUGCUUCUGUAUUAUUUGAAGCAGCAGGAGGAGGAAAUCCAGAUUCUCUGAGUCUUUUACUAGAAUAUGGGGCUGAUGCCAAUGUACCAAAGCACUCGGGUCAUUUGCCAAUCCACAGAGCUGCAUAUAGAGGACACUUUCU